UUCAGGGUGUCGCUCAGAGUGAGACCUCUGUCCGUGCGCACUCUCUGUGUCUUGACGUGGCAACGGCCGCCGCCAUAUUGUUUUGCUUCGUUGUCAGUGGAGAGGAGCGGAGCAGAGAGGAGCGGCGGCUGCACGGCGGCGCUUUCCCCUGACAUCGUGACACCUGCGUCCUGCUUCAAACAUGGCCACCUUCGCAGAGUACAUCGCUCAGAACGAGGAGCGCGACGGCGUCCGCUUCAGCUGGAACGUCUGGCCCUCCAGCCGCUUGGAGGCGACCCGGAUGGUGGUGCCGGUGGCAGCUCUGUUCACACCCCUGAGGGAGAGAACGGACCUGCCCCCUAUCCAGUACGAGCCGGUCCUGUGCAGCCGCGCCACCUGCCGGGCAGUCCUCAACCCCCUGUGCCAGGUGGACUACAGAGCCAAGCUGUGGGCGUGCAACUUCUGCUACCAGAGGAACCAGUUUCCUCCAUCUUACGCCGGGAUCUCUGAGGUGAACCAACCUGCUGAGCUGCUGCCUCAUUUCUCCACCAUUGAGUAUGUUGUGCAGCGGGGCCCUCAGAUGCCACUGGUCUUCCUGUAUGUGGUGGACACCUGCAUGGAGGACGAGGACCUGCAGGCUCUGAAAGAGUCUCUCCAGAUGUCCCUGUCUCUGCUGCCCCCCACUGCUCUGGUUGGACUCAUCACCUUCGGACGCAUGGUUCAGGUCCAUGAGCUGGGCUGCGAGGGAAUCUCCAAGAGCUACGUCUUCCGCGGUACAAAGGACCUAAACGCUAAGCAGCUGCAGGACAUGCUUGGUCUUUCAAAGCCCUCUGCAGCUCAGGGUCGAGGGCCUCAGACCUCCCAGCAGCCUCUUUCCAACAGGUUCCUGCAGCCAAUCCAGAAGAUUGACAUGAACCUGACUGACCUUUUGGGGGAGCUUCAGCGAGACCCCUGGCCUGUCACUCAGGGGAAGAGGCCGCUGCGCUCGCUGGGCGUUGCGAUGUCUAUUGCUGUGGGACUUCUGGAGUGCACCUUCCCUAACACUGGUGCCCGGAUCAUGUCGUUCGUUGGGGGCCCAGCUACCCAGGGACCAGGUAUGGUAGUCGGUGAUGAGCUGAAGACCCCCAUCAGGUCCUGGCAUGAUAUCGAGAAGGACAAUGCCAAGUUCAUGAAGAAAGCCACCAAACAUUUUGAGGCUCUCGCCAACAGAGCUUCCACAAAUGGUCACAUCAUCGACAUUUACGCCUGCGCUCUGGAUCAGACGGGUUUGCUGGAGAUGAAAUGCUGCCCCAACUACACAGGAGGAUACAUGGUGAUGGCCGACUCCUUCAACACGUCUCUGUUUAAACAAACCUUUCAGAGGGUUUUCACCAAAGAUGUCCAGGGAUCCUUCAAGAUGGCUUUUUCUGCCACACUUGAAGUCAAGACAUCCAGAGAGAUCAAAGUGUGCGGAGCAAUCGGCCCCUGUGUGACUCUGAACGCUAAAGGACCUUGUGUCUCUGAGAACGAGAUCGGGACGGGAGGAACCAGUCAGUGGAAGAUAUGUGGUCUGGAUGCGAGCACCACGCUAGCUCUUUACUUCGAGGUUGUGAACCAGCAUAAUGCUCCAAUUCCUCAGGGUGGCCGCGGGGCGAUCCAGUUUGUCACUCAGUACCAACACUCCUCAGGACAAAGGCGCAUCCGAGUCACCACAACUGCAAGAAACUGGGCUGAUGCUCAGACUCAGAUCCAGAGUAUAGCAGCAUCAUUUGAUCAGGAGGCGGCAGCCAUCCUAAUGGCCAGGUUGGCGGUUUAUCGGGCCGAAACGGAGGAGGGACCUGAUGUUCUCAGGUGGUUGGAUAGACAGCUGAUCAGAUUGUGUCAGAAGUUUGGAGAUUACCACAAGGACGAUCCAAACUCCUUUAGAUUUUCGGAGACGUUCUCUCUCUAUCCUCAGUUCAUGUUCCAUCUGCGGCGCUCCCCGUUCCUUCAGGUGUUCAACAACAGUCCUGAUGAGAGUUCUUACUACCGACACCACUUCAACAGGCAGGACCUGACGCAGGCCCUCAUCAUGGUCCAGCCUGUGCUCUAUGCCUACUCCUUCAACGGCCCACCUGAGCCAGUGCUAUUGGACAGCAGCAGCAUCCUACCGGACCGAAUUCUGCUGAUGGACACCUUCUUCCAGAUUGUCAUCUACCAUGGAGAGACUGUGGCUCAGUGGAGGAAGGCCGGUUACCAGGACAUGCCCGAAUACGAAAACUUCAAACACCUCCUCCAGGCCCCAGUGGACGACGCUCAGGAGCUGCUGCACACUCGCUUCCCCAUGCCAAGAUACAUCGACACGGAGCACGGCGGCAGCCAGGCUCGCUUCUUGCUGUCCAAAGUCAACCCUUCUCAGACUCACAACAACAUGUAUGGCUGGGGACAGGAGUCCGGGGCUCCCAUCCUUACUGAUGACGUCAGCCUGCAGGUCUUCAUGGACCACCUUAAAAAACUAGCUGUCUCCAGCGCUGCCUGACCCAGCCUGAUUUCUCCUGUAGUUGAGCAUGCAUUUGCUGCCUGAAGCAAGCGACAAGCACUCCGUUCUGUUAGUGUUACUCUCAGCAGCAGGUCCAGGACAUUUCCACUCAAUAGUCUGUCUUCAUUUAGCUGCAAAGUUAUGUUGCUGCUCCGACAGUGUUCUGUGAAAGUUCUCAUCUAAGCCAACCCUAAGCAGUUCAGGUCCAUUUCAGCAAAGUCGUAAUCAGCUCUGGUAUCUUCCUGUGUGUCAACUUUUUCAUCUGAGUGUUGCAAACAUUUUAACUAAGAAUUUUAAAGACCCUGUCAUCGUGUGCUUCAGCAGAUUAGCUACGAUAAAACCCCGACUAUAACAUCUGAGUCACCUGCUGCCAUGAUAGAUCCUUUCAGCACCACAGAAAUCAGAAUUUGCAGAAAAAUAAUUCCUUGCUUUAUAUUUCAACACUUGACAUAUUUCCCAAACAUCCAUCCCAUGGCUGCUUAAUAGAAAACCUACAACCAUCCGGUGUUUUUCUUUUUGUUAAGGUGUUAGUGUUUUUUUAUUUAUGUGAGCAAAUUUAUUGUUUCCUCCUCGAUUAGACCUCAUUUUCAUUUCAAACACAAAAAAAUGUUGUCGAGGCAAGCGGAUGCAUGUGUUAUUUUCAUUCUGUCUGUCAUACGUUUGCAGUAAAACUGGUGUGGAAAGCCCA